AUGUAUGGAAUUAUUAUAACAGCAGUACAUUCCAACACACCCCCUCAAUAUGUUGUAUGUGAGGAAUUUGCAUUGGUGGCACUUCUGGGGCCAACAUUUGAGCUGUUGAUUUGGCAUCCCAAUUUUCAAGAGAGAGGCUGUAGCUGGUGUGAAAUGAUGGCUUGGGGUGCUUUGGAGCUAACUUGGACUUUCAAGGAUGGCUACUUGGUUUUUCAACCAAGACAGUGUUGGGGACUGAUUGUGUUUGAUGAGUGGCUCAUUUGGGCUGCCUUUGACCUUUCCAGGGAUGUCCUUAGCACUGGGUAUGCCCAAUUGAAGAUUCUAGGCCCAUCUGCCCCAGCACCUGCAUUUGUAGAGGUGGUUGUUCUUGCUGGGCAGGACAAGUGUGCUGUCUUGGGCUUGAGCAAGAUGUUGGAAUUGCAGAACAGGAAGAUGGAGUUAUUCAGCAUGUAUGAGGCAUUGUUUUGGGUGCAUGGUUUUGCAGCAAGUACAGUGAGGGACAAAAGUGUUGCAAUGUUUGUGAGCUCAGGCUAUUCUGCACAGAUAAUCAUAAUACCUAUACCAUUGGAAAGGGGUGACUCUAAGCUUUCCAGAGCACUAAGGUCCAUUCCAAAAAAAGCAAUACAUGCUGAGAUACACCCUAUUCUUUCCAAAAAGUGCAUUGCAACACUUUUGUCCCUGACUGGUGAAAUAGUGAAAAGUGACCUUUUGAUGGGAUUGAGGGCAUGA